AUGAUCUCCCCCGAACAGCAGCAGCAACAGCAGCAGCUGCAGCAGCAACAGCAGCCCAAUCAUGUCGUGGCCACCAUCGAGAACCUGCCGGCCGAGAGCAGCGGCAGCAGCGGUGGGAGUCUCUCUGCCUCGUCCGCCUCCAGCGUGCGCCAGAGGAUCAGGAAAAUGCUGAACAGGGAGAUGAUGAUCUCUGUGGCCCUUGGACAGGUGUUAUCCCUUCUUAUCUGUGGCAUUGGUCUAACCAGCAAGUACCUAUCUGAUGAUUUCCAUGCCAACACUCCAGUCUUUCAGAGUUUCCUUAAUUACAUCCUUCUCUUCUUGGUCUACACCACAACACUAGCUGUCAGACAAGGAGAAGAAAACUUGCUGGCGAUUUUGAGGCGAAGGUGGUGGAAAUAUAUGAUCCUAGGCAUCAUAGAUCUGGAAGCAAAUUACUUGGUAGUCAAAGCUUACCAGUAUACCACACUGACCAGUGUGCAGCUCUUGGACUGCUUUGUCAUCCCAGUAGUGAUACUCCUGUCCUGGUUCUUCCUGCUAAUCCGAUACAAGGCUGUGCACUUUGUUGGCAUUGUGGUCUGCAUCCUGGGAAUGGGCUGCAUGGCAGGAGCUGAUGUUCUUGUGGGAAGACAGCAAGGAGCAGGAGAAAAUAAGCUGAUAGGAGACCUCUUGGUCCUAGGAGGAGCCACACUCUAUGGCAUCUCGAACGUGUGGGAAGAAUACAUCAUCCGAACAUUGAGCCGGGUUGAAUUUCUAGGAAUGAUUGGACUCUUUGGUGCCUUCUUCAGUGGAAUUCAGCUGGCUAUAAUGGAGCACAAGGAGCUCUUGAAGGUACCCUGGGAUUGGCAAAUUGGGCUGUUGUACGUUGGCUUCAGCGCCUGCAUGUUUGGCCUGUACAGCUUCAUGCCAGUAGUCAUAAAGAAAACCAGUGCAACAUCUGUCAACCUCAACCUCCUUACUGCAGACCUGUACAGCCUGUUCUGUGGAUUGUUUCUCUUCCACUACAAGUUUUCAGGACUUUAUCUCCUGUCCUUCUUCACUAUCCUCGUCGGGCUGGUUCUCUACUCCUCCACCUCCACAUACAUAGCCCAGGACCCUCGAGUAUACAAGCAGUUUCGAAACCCAUCAGGAACUGUUGUAGACUUACCAGCCUCUGGGCAGGUGGAACCUUCAGUCACCUAUACCAGCCUAGGUCAAGAGAUGGAAGAGGAGCCCCAUGUGAGAGUUGCCUAG